AUGGCCGGCACCUUUGACAGCUCGGACCAUGAAGAAUCUUUUACAUCACCUUCGAAUCCCGCCGGUCGGUCGAAAACCCCUACCAACCCAGAUUCGCGAUUCGAUGUCGAAGAAUCCAGGGAAGCAGCGCUGCGCAAGGAGCUGGAAGGGGUUCGGAAGAUUAACGAGGUGAUCGAAGGCGUCAUCGGGACGCUGGAGCGGGCCAAGGGGAACAUGGGGACCGUUUCCAAGACGGUAGACAACGCCUCAACCCUGCUCAACACGUGGACGCGCAUCCUAUCGCAGACAGAGCACAAUCAACGGCUGUUACUCAACCCAGAAUGGAAGGGCGCAACGCAGGACCUGCUCGACAUGGAGAAUGAGGCGCUGCGGAAGCAGCAGGAGGCUGAAAGGCGGGCAGCAGAGGCGGAGCGACGGCGCGAGGAGGCGCGGAAGAAAGCAGAAGAGGACGAGCGGAAGAGGGCGGCUGGGACGGCGUCGUCAACGUCACGGGGAGUUGGCCGAGGCGU